AUGUUCUUAAUUUCUCGCUUUCUCAACGGCUUUGCUGUGGGUAUGCUGGACACUUCUAUUCCCGUCUUUCAAUCCGAGAUCUCGCCUGCACACCAGCGAGGACGCAUGGUCGGUGCUCAUGGUGUACUUAUCGUGAUCGGGUACUCUGCAGCCGGCUUCGCUGGGUUCGGCACAUAUUUUGCUGCUCCCACCGUAAGCUGGCGACUUUGCCUCAGUCUGCAGAUCGUGGCUCCACUUCUUCUCUUCGUUGGGUCUCCAUGGCUUCCUGAAAGUCCAAGAUGGUUGAUUGACAAGGACCGCCAUGAAGCCGGCUACCAGGUCCUUCGAAAGCUGCACACGCGUCCUGACGACCCAGAUGAGAUCGUUGCUCGAGAGGAAUACCUCCAGAUCCGAAGACAAAUCGAGCUUGAACGCGCAGACAAACUGAGCAAGGGUUGGGGAGCGCUUUUCAAGAAGCCUAGCAUGCGCAAGAGGUUGAUUCUCGGCUUCGGGACACAGUUCAUUGCCCAAAGCACUGGUGUCCUCGUUGUCAACAACUACCAGAUCCUGCUCUACAAGUCGCUUGGCAUCACCGGUUCACUGCCCCUGCUAUUGAACGCUUUAUACAACGCCCUGGCUGCGUUCAUGAACUUCAUCAACUCAUUGUUCCUGGAUCGCCUUGGCCGCAUCCGAAUCAUGCUUAUUGGGCUCACUGGCUGCGCUUGUUCCCUGAUCUGCUUCACUGCAAUGGUGGCUACUUAUGGGGGAACAACAAACCGCAUAGGCAAUGGCUUUGGAGUCUUCUUCCUCUUCCUAUUCGUGCUGUUCUACGGCGGAACCAUGGAUGCCACCUCAUAUGUAUAUUGCUCUGAGAUAUUUCCGACGCCGCUCCGGGCUCAAGGCACAGGUUUCUCGGUCGCUGGCCUGUUCAGUGCCACUCUGAUCUACACGCAGACCGCCCCCGUGGCCUUUGCCCAAGUCGGCUGGAAAUUCUACAUCAUGUUCAUCAUUCUGCCUCUCCUCGGAGCGGGUCUGAUGUGGAAGUUCUUCCCCGAGACAAAACUUCUGACGCUCGAGGAGAUCUCGAGACUCUUUGGAGACGAGGUGGCUCUCGACAUCAAUCAGCUCAGCACAGAAGAGAAGCUUGCUCUGGACCGGGAAGUCGCUAAGGGUGGCGAGGGAGUCGCCUCAGUGACUCGCGUCAAGACCGGAGGUGGUACAGCUGAAGAUCAGAUCGAGAUUGUCUAA